GUGCAGAGAAUCACAUAUUGCUAGAUUGAAAAAUUCGUUUCCAAGAAUACGGAUACCACGAGCAUGAACAAUAUUUUACGAGCUUCGCAUAGCAGGAUCUUCUGUACCCAGCAGUGUUUCCCAUCGUGCUCACGGCAACAUCGCAGUCUGUACGGGAGAAUAUCGCAAAUCAGAACAUAUCAUUUCCCGCCGCCAAUCUCGCAGCAGCGUAGCUGCAGCGAACUCGCUGCAAGCACACUUCAUGUCAGGGAAGCAGUGCAGGCUCAGCCCUCCAGUACUAGCUCUAUGGAGAGCGAGGAUGCUUGGUUCAACGAUGAACCUCAACAACGAUCAUCUGGAGAAACAUCAACCAGCGGCCGUGUGGAAAGCGAUCUCGAAUUCUUAGAACUCCCGAAGGCCCAGAAUGUUCGUGUGAAGAAGGCAGAGUUUGUGAAGAGCAGCACCAACAUGGCGCAGUGCCCAAAGUCCAAGCUGCCAGAAUUUGCUGUCAUUGGACGCUCAAAUGUGGGCAAAUCAUCCCUCAUCAACAUGCUCACAGGCCAGGCAGCCCUUGCCAAGGUUUCCAAAACACCAGGGAAGACGAUCUACAUCAAUCACUUCCUCAUCAAUGACAAUUGGUACCUUGUCGACCUUCCUGGCUACGGGUAUGCGCAGCGAUCAAAGGCAUCCAGGCUGGAGUGGAGCAGCUUCACAAAGGAGUACUUUCUGAAGAGGGAGACUUUGGCAAAUGUGCUGCUGCUGGUGGAUGCAAGUGUGCCUGUACAGCAAGCAGAUCUUGAGUGUGCAAGCUGGCUAGCAGAUGCCCAGGUUCCCUUCUCACUAGUGUUCACAAAGACAGACAAGCGAAAGAAGAAGUGCCCCUCCCCACGUGAGAACAUGCAGACUUUCCAGGCGGCGCUGUUGAAGGAGUUCGAGAAUUUGCCUCUCAUAUUUGAGACAGAUUCUGAGACGCUGAAGGGGCACAAAGAGUUGCUCAGCCACGUAGCCGGACUCUUAUGAUGAGCAGAGAAGGCCGCUAUGGUCCAGGAAUGCUGCCAGGAGUUUCCAUGGCAGAAGAAGUGAUGGUAGUUCGCUGUUGCUACUCAGGAAGAGCUGUUGAAGGAGUGGGAUGCAGUGCCAAAUGUGCUGACAACUAGCUCCAGGAAGGGGGAAGGCAGGCGAGAGCUGUUGGCUUACAUUGCCCAGCUUCGAGACCUCUUCACUGGAGCAGCCAAGCCUGUGAAAGCUGCCCCACAAGGGGUCUCAGAAACCUUACAAGAGGCUUGUGUUGAAAAAUAGCGAGUUUGAGCGAUCAGACUUGAUUUUUUAUUAUAUCACAAUUGUUCACAUCUUGGCAUCUGGCGUUGUGCUGACCCCAAAUUGCUAUUUACAUGCUGUCCAAAGUUUUUCUGAGAUCUCACGUUGUAAUGAAAUUCAC